AUGGAAGAGCAGGCGGCGGACGCUAAAAGGCAGCGCGACUCGGCUCCGGCUCCAGUCGGCGGCGGGAGCAGCGGCAGCGGGAGCGACGGCGAGGGAGUCCCGGUGUCUCCCGGCGGCCACCCUCCCUUGUCUCCCGCCGCGCCUUGCCUCGUGCCUCUUCCCCAUCACCCGCACCACCACCAGCACCAGCACCACCACGGCCACCAGCACCACCAGCACCAGCACCAUCCACAGCAGCAGCCGGCGCCUCCGCCCCCCCAGCAGCAGCAGCAGCAGCAGCCGAGGCCGCCCCCGCCGCCGCCACCGCCGCAGCAGCAACAGCAGCACCGCACCACCAACUUUUUCAUCGACAACAUCCUGAGGCCGGACUUUGGCUGCAAGAAAGAGCACCUCUUGAUCCUGGCCGGCGGCAGCGGCGGCGGCGGCGGCGGCGGCCGGGACAGAGACCUAGACCGCGCGGCCAGCUCAGGUAGAGAAAAUGUCAGCCCACUGCUCGGCAGGCCCCUCCACCCGGCCUCCUCUCUCCUUAGCGCCGACUCGCCCGGGAACCCCGACAGCUCCUCCACGGCCUCCAAAGCGAGCCCCGCCGCGGCGGCUGCGGCAGCAGCGGUAGGGACGGCCAAGCCCCCCUCGGAAGGGAGUGGAACUAACCCGGCGAAGUACGGGGAGCACGCCAACCCGGCCAUCCUCCUCGUGGGCUCCGGGAAUGGAGGAGUGGGGGCCUCCGGCGAUUCUCAACAGCCGCUGGUUUGGCCGGCCUGGGUUUACUGCACUAGGUAUUCAGACAGACCGUCCUCGG